UCUUCUGGCACACGGGAGUUUAGCUUGUGGCUCCGCUGCUUUAACUUAUUGACGUUAACCGUUCACUGAUAAUCGAUUGCGGGUGUAGGAAAAACGAACUCGGAGGUUGUUUUGUUUUUUCUCUUUUCGCGGCACUGUAUGUGAGCGGAAGACUGAGUGACGCGUCCACAGAGCGCAGUCCCCAUCCGCGGCGUCAAUUCAGUGACAUUGACUCAUCGCUGGUGUUGUGCACAAGUUCAUGUGUGUACACCAACGCGGUGGCCUCAGCGACAAUGAGCGAAUACUUCAGCCUGUCGGACUGCGAUGUUAUCGGCUUCGACUUGGACCACACGCUCUGCCGCUACCAUCUGAAGGAGACCUCCAGGCUCAUCUAUGAGAGCUUUGCCAGGUACCUGGUGGAGCAUAAAGGCUAUGACAAGGACCUGCUGAACCUAACCCCGGCUACCUGGGAUUUCUGUUUUAAAGGACUAGUGGUGGAUCUGGAGGAUGGAAACCUCGUGAAGCUUGCUGAAGACGGAACUGUCUUGCGAGCAACACAUGGAACCAAUGACCUCAGCGCAGAAGAGAUCAUCAAACAUUAUGGUCCCAAAAGGGAGUGGAAGCACUUCAGCAGCCUCAAUACCUCCUUCACAAGAUCUGCAAAUUACUAUUACUAUGACAACUACUUUGAUCUACCCGGGGCUCUUCUCUGUGGACGAGUUGUGGAUAUGUUGCAUAAGCGAGGAAAUGAGGUGAAUUCGGACUUUUGGAAAGACAUGGUUGCGGCCAUUGAUCACAAUUACAACACAUCUGCAUUCAAAGAGGAUGCGGGGACCUACUUCCCCAGCGUGAAGAGGGACCCGGGCCGGUACCUGCAGCCCUGCUCCGACUCCGUCAAGACCUGGCUGCACAGCAUGAAGAACGCCGGGAAGGUCCUGCUCCUCAUCACCAGCUCUCACAGCGACUACUGCAGGCUCAUCUGUGAACACAUCCUGGGGAAGGAUUUCGAGGAGCUGUUUGACGUCAUCAUCACAAACGCCCUGAAACCUGGUUUCUUCUCAUUGGUGCCCCAACAGAGGCCCUUCAGGACCCUGGUGAACGACGUGGAGGAGAGAGAGGGGCUCCCUUCGCUGGACAAACCCGGCUGGUAUUCCCAGGGCAACUGGCCGCACCUCCAUGAGCUGCUCAAGACCAUGACGGGAAAACCAGAGCCCAAGGUGGUGUAUUUUGGAGACAGCAUGAGGUCGGACAUGUUCCCCGCCAGCAGCUUCGGGAAGUGGGAAACGGUGAUGAUAGUGGAGGAGAUGGAGGGGGAGGGGAUCCCGAAGAGCGACGCGGCAAUGUCUAAUGAGGCCCAAGUGGAGCCUCUGGAGAAAAAGGGAAAGUUUGAGGAGCAGGGCAUGAAGUCGCCCUCCGCCGUGUCCAACCAGUGGGGCUCUUACUUUGUCGACGUACAUAGAAGUGGAGGAGGGGACGAGGAGAGCCAGAAACUGACCUGGUGCUCCCACUGCAUUCACAAAUACAGCACCAUGGCCAUCCCUAGUGUUGAGCACAUAGCAGAUCUCCCUCUGGAUUACAAGUUCCCCAGGUUUUCUCCAGACAAGCCCUGCACCACCGGCUACUACCCCAGGCCCCCGGAUUCUUUGCUGAAGAGGUGCGAGAGUCUGUCAUAAUA